GGACCAGAGUAUAUUGGGCUAAGAUCAAAAGCCCAUCAAUAGAAAAAAAAACCUAAGACUUAGGAAGAAGAAGAAGAAUCGAUGUUGUGAGAUUCUUCUCUCUGACUCAAAUCCAGAACUUGUUUAGGAUAAAAAAAAAUGAAGCCAGUGAUAGGCACGGUGGUGUCGAACAAAAUGCAGAAGUCGGUGGUUGUAGCCGUCGAUAGACUCUUUCACAACAAGCUCUAUAAUCGCUAUGUCAAACGCACUUCCAAGUUCAUGGCUCACGAUGAAAAGGACUCCUGUAACAUCGGCGAUCGUGUGAAAUUGGAUCCUUCAAGGCCUUUGAGCAAGCAUAAGCAUUGGAUUGUUUCAGAAAUCAUAAAGAAAGCACUCAUUUAUUCCCCACAAGCUGCUGCUGCGGCUCUCAACUCAUCCUCUUCAGCCUCCAUUGCUGAGAAGUCCCCUGUUUCUUCUUCCUAAGGCUUUAAACCACUGUUCCUCUUGCUGCAGUUUUGCAGUCCAGGCGCAAACUCAACUCACUCAGGGUCGAGAAUUGUGUUUAGCAGACGUAGCAACAGCCAUCAACAGGGGAUGUGGUAACUGAGAACUUAAUUAUCUCGCUCUAGUGUAGUUGCUUUUUGGUGAUGUUGAUCUGAUUAGUUGUAUAAUUGAUGAAUCUGAAGUUAAUCUAUUGAAAGUUGUGAAUAGUUUUCACUCUUAAACAAAAGAAAAGCUAAUUCAAUAAUUUACAGAGAUUGUGUUGUGUCAUAAGUGAUGGUGUUAAGAAGGCAAAACUUACUCAUCUUAUUGCAUAUAAGCAGUUGGAGAAAGUAAACGCCAAUCUGUUACAGUGCAUAUAGAAGAAGAAGCCAACGCCAAAAAAAAACUAUUCAAAUUCUAAUGUGUGAAUGAAUAUGUUUGGACCAAACCAAACAAAACCAAACCGAACCAGCCUUGCCAUGUCAGCAUUGUAACCACAACUCCAUCAAA